AGAGGACACUUGAGCCUAGUUCUACAGUGUCAGUGAUGUAUUACCAGAUAGGAUUUCGGAUUCUGUUACCAUAAUAGACUAUGACAAAACAUACCAGCUUUCACAGCGGCACCUUAAACUGGGUAGGAAAUACAGCUUCGUCAAGAAGAAAAUAAAACAGAAUGAAAUGCUGAAGUGAUCCAAAUCCACAAUGACAGAAACGGGAUGCAGAAAAAUAACUGAAGAUAUGUGUCUGUUGUGAUUAGCAACCAGCUGGUAUUGGGAAGCUGGUAUUGUUUCAGCACCAUGGACAGAACUGGAAGAAUGGAGAAUAUUGAAAUGUCAGGAAGACGGCAGUGGAUGCAUUAACAAACUACUAAAAAGUAUAUAUUAUUUUUACCUACUCCUACUCCUACUAUUACUACUACUACGUAUUAUUAUUAUUAUUAUUAUUAUUAUUAUUAUUAUUAUUAUUAUUAUUAUUACAGUUGAGCUUAUGGAGCAGCAUCGUUGCAAUAGUAGGCUAAUAUUCUAGAAAUGGUUAUGAUUCAAGUUUGCUUUACAAAGACAUUCAAACUUUAAAAUGUAGCUUUCUUGCUGUAUAAAAGUGCUUGUCGGCAAAUGCAUCCAAUUUAGUUCGAUAUGUAUUGCUAGUCUCUGCUAAUGACACCGCAUGAACCCGUAAGUACUGUAGUACUGGUAUCAACAGACUGGGAGGAAUGUUAAAAAAGAUCAAUGCCGUGUUCCGACCAAAUCAUUCACAGAAAAAGCUGGAUGGCCAGGCCCAUGGGGGAAAUGACAAGAACAAAGCCUGUGCUGUGAGACUAGUCCGCAGUACUUCAAUGCUCAUUGUCGGAGAAACGCGGCAAAAAAACAUGGAGUCUUCCUUAAAAAGAAGCAGAAGCUCUGUCAGCAUCGAGUCGACGGCAGUUUAUUUCUACAGGCAAGAGGACAGAAUAUGGCUGUAUUCCAGGACUCAGGACUGCCUACAGUACCUGGAGGAUCUGAUGGCACUGAGAAGACAAUACGUUAACAGCGUCAAUAAUCUGAAAACAGCAGGGAAAAAGGCAGACCUUGCUACGGACUCUGCUAACGCAUCCAAACCCAAAGGGAAACCGCCACCUCCCCCGCCUCCGGAUCAGCACGAGAAGGCAGCAAAAACUAAAGCAAAGGCUCCACCAGUUCCAGACGAAGUGGACACUCUGGAGUACUUUGAUUCCAUCGUUGCCAGCUUUGACUCAGAAAAGAAAAGCAAGGCCCAUCUAGAUGAUGGACACGCAGAUGUCGACUUCGUUGUUGCCACCAGUACAAGUGAACACGAUAUACAUUCUAACUGGAUGUUGCGGUCCCCAAGGAGGUUCUCAAUGGAUGAAUCAAAGCUCAAGAAGUCUGAGAAGAAAUCGAGAAGAAACACUGAUAGUGCAAGAAUGGGCAACUCAAAGAGACUGGAAAGAAACCCCAUUCAUUUACCCAAAGUGGUGGAAAGUGCCUUCCAAACAGUAAGAUUUAAACCAAAAAUAAAGAAGAAAAAUUCAAUGUUUCAUUAGACACAACCAAGUGGAGCAAUGUUACUAAACCUACAAUAUUGUGUGUGGACAAAAUUAUGAAAAUAAAACAAAUUUGAUAGAAAUAGCUAAAAAAAACAAUAAGGCAAAGGGGAGAGCAGAUGUAUGUAUUAUUUCUAUCAGGCAGCCCACAAUAACUACCUAAUUUGGUCUUUCAAUACCCAGGUUAAAUCUGGUGGAAUAACGCAGCCCAUGCCUCAGGGGCAUUGUGAGACGGGUCACAGGCAAGUGCCUUCAAACACUUGAGAAGAGGGUUGUCUCAGAGUAAUUGCACGCCUUCAACUUACACCAUUAUUAAACUCAAUGGCAAGAUGUAUUAUUCCACCACAGUGGUAACCAAUGACAAUAUGUUAUCAUGUGAUCGUGUGAUAUACUGCGAUGUUACAUACAAUGUAUCACCACAAGUGUUGUAUAAAUAUUUGUAUCCUGCAAAAUCCACCUUCUGGAAGUCAACAUGCUCAUGCUCUAUAUAAUUCAGCCUUCAUUCAACCAAGCAUUGAUUGUUCAACCAAGCAUGCAAUAAGUGUGUUACUCCACGUUGCAGCACAGCACAGUAGAGAGGAAUCUGACACUGUAUAAUGUAUUAUGUGAAAGGAAUCCCCAGUGGAAAUAAUCCAAUAUCUACAAAUGCCUUAACAUUUUUUUUUAAUCAAUUACAAUGUUAAAAUACACUUAAUGUGGAAGUAAGAUCAAUCACUUGUCAGUACUUAACAGUGACUCACAAUAAAAGGGAGAGGAGCUAAUGAAGGCUCACCACAAGAAUUAUCAUCGAUUCCAGUUCUUUUGUUUGUAUUUGUUGUUUAAACAUUGUGAAGCACUUUCACAUGUAUGUUUGGAAUUCCAAGUUAUGCAUGGUAUGAACAUAAUGACUGGCUUUAUGUAUGUGGUUUCAGAGUUAUUAAUAUUAUAGCUAAAGUGAAUUGUUGACUUAUGAUCUUUUGUACAAUAGGCAAAAGAAAUGUUUGCUCUCAUUAAAUAAAAUAUAUUUUUCAGUCACCCUGAUGAAAUUACUGUGCGUGAGUGGAUGUUGGGAGCUACGGGUCCCUCCACGACAAAGGCCAGCCAUGCAGUCUGCUUAAGUUCACUAAGAGCCUGACCUGUGGCGCUGUAAGGAGAAACAGUCCCUGCAAAUUUUGCACAACCAUAAUGCCAAACUGCCCUCCCCUGACUGUGACUCACCCUUGUAAUAAAAUCCUUUUAACAAUAUGAAGCAAGCAAGUGUUACUCAGAACAAUAUGCUCCUUCCUCAAACUAACCCUAUGAAUACAUUGUAAUUAUGUUUAAAACAUAUAAAAUAACAAAACAA